UUUGAAAAUGUCGGGUAAUUCUCCCCACGGCGGAGGUUUUCCAGGUGCCGGCGAUGAUUUCGAUCCCAUGACUCAACCCCCGAGGACCCGACCUUUCAUUCCCGGGAGGUACCGUCCGCCAGCACAUGUUUUUCCGCGCGCUGUCUUCCGUCACUUUACCAGUUUUGACGAGCGAGCACCCGGGGAUUUGCUUCUCAGAGAGCCGGAGCAGCAUCUCUCUCACGAGGCCCGAGAGGUUGGUUCCCGCAGUGUGCGAGGGUACGGUUCCACCAUCGCACAGGACUGGUACGCCGAGCUCCCGGAGGGUGUCCGGGAUUUGGUAGAUUUGGCAGGAUUCGGGCCUUUCUGCGUCGGGUUGUCACGUUGUCCUGCCAGGAGGACACUGAUGGCAGCCUUGGUAGAGAGAUGGUGGGACACCACCAACUCCUUUCAUUUCUCUACUACCGGGGAUAUGACCAUGACCCCUUUUGACUUCGCUGUAUUGACCGGCUUAGACGUCGGAGGUUGGUCCAUCCCCUACAAUGAGGAUAUGGCUAUGGGCUUACGUAUACUUCCCAUCGUUAGCCCCAGUGCUGGAAGUGGUGGGGAUUCCCGUGACCCCUUAUUCAUUGAUAUUUGA